ACCAGGUGGAAGAAGAAUAUGCUUCUGAUGAAACCUGAGAGUACAUUGACGGAGCUAAAUGUGUAUGGUUUAUGGGCAUACGACACAAUUUGGGCAUUAGCGAUGGCAGUGGAAAAAAUUGGACCAGUAAAUCUUGGCUUCUUGGAGUCAGGCAACAGCAAGAAUGGAAGUGAGAUUUUUAAUUUAAGAGUUUCUCAACCGGGCCCAAUACUUCUAAGAGAGCUCCAAAAUACAACAUUUGAAGGCUUGUCUGGAGAGUUCCACUUAAUUGAUGGACAGCUGAAACCUUCACCUUUGGAGAUAUUCAAUGUUCAUGCAACAGGAGACAGAGCAAUAGGUUACUGGACACCGGAUGGAGGAAUAACGCGAAAAUUAGAUUUAACAGGUCGCCUGAAAUAUUCAACUUCCACAAAGGAAUUAAAAAGCAUUGUCUGGCCUGGAGAUUCAGUAAAGCAGCCAAAAGGCUGGUCUAUUCCUUCAACAGGGAGAUUAAAAGUGGGGAUCCCUAAGAAAUAUGGUUUCACUGAAUUUGUCAAUAUUUCAACAGAUCCUCAGACAAAGCAGGUCAAAGUCUCUGGUUAUUCAAUAGACAUAUUCCUUUCUGCAUUGGAACUGCUACCUUUCAGUGUUGAUUAUGAAUUUAUUCCUUUUACAAAUGAAAGUGGACUCAGUAAUGGAACAUAUGACGAACUUCUUCAAAACAUACUAGGCAAGACUUUUGAUAUGGUGGUUGGUGACACAACGAUUUUGGCUGACAGGGCAAAAUAUGUUGAUUUUACACUGCCAUAUUCUGAAUCCGGAACUGUUAUGGUGGUUAAACCCAAAAAAGAUAAAGACAUGUGGGUAUUCAAAAAGCCUUUUAGUUGGGAUCUUUGGCUAACGAUUGUCAGUACCUGCAUUUUUAUUGGAAUAGUCCUUCGAAUAUUAGAGAACCGAGCAAAGAAGGAUUCUGAUUCUCUUAGACCACAUGAACAGCAACUUGGCUUGCUCUUUUGGUUUCCAAUUGCAGUUCUCGCUUUUCCUGAAAGGAAUAUGGUUGGCAACAAGUGGUCGAGGUUUGUGUUGGCUGUAUGGUUGUUCAUGGUUUUCAUCCUGAUGCAGAGCUAUACAGCAAAUUUAUCAGCGAUGUUUACAGUAGACCAGUUUGAUUUCAGAUUUUCCGAUGAUUAUAACGUUGGCUGCCAAGCAGGUACCUUUAUCAGGGAUUUCUUGAUAAAUCGUCUCCACAUUAAUUCGUCAAGGAUCAAAGAAUACUCAACAAUUGAUGAAUAUCAUGAUGCCAUGUCUAAAGGCAGCAAAAAUGGAGGAAUUGAUGCCAUUUUUGAUGAAAUCCCUUAUAUGAAACUGUUUCUUGGUCGAUAUGAUUCCAAAUACAAAAUAGUUGGACCUACAUACAGGACGGAUGGAUUUGGCUUUGCACUCCCAUUAGGAUCUCCACUGGUAGUCCAUUUCUCUAGGGCAAUCCUUGCAGUCACAGAAGCUACAAACCUGACUGCAAUAGAGCAGAAAAACUUUGGACUUCAAUACUCUUCUGAUAAUCAAAUUGAUGCAAUAAAAAAAGCUAGCCCCAGUUUAACUGCUUACAACUUUGGAGGACUUUUUAUCAUAAUAGGUUCAACAUUGAUAUUUGCACUGUUGUGCUCCGAGACUCCAGUUGGUCGAAGACUCGUCGCAGUGGCAACAUCUUUUGACCACAAAUGUUUCUCUUUCCUAUCAUUCAGAAGAAACGGCAAAUCAAGGGUUCGCUCAAUGGUCCAUGCUGAUCCGAAUGGAGAUUCAUCUAGCGAAGAAGAAGUUCGAGGGCCUAACCAGUUCAAUGUAAAUGAUUUGUCAGGACCAGGCAUAGAUCAUGAUUCAGGGCAACGCCAUCUGAUUACUCCAGCUAGAGAUGGUGAAGCUAAUGAAACUGUGGAAAGUGAUUCAAUCCAGGAAGUUCAGCUAACUGAUCAAACAAACACAAACUGGUUCUUGAAUAAGCAUACAGUAAUGUAAAUAUUUCAGACAGGAUAGAAAGGGAAUCCCAGGCUUCAAUGGUUUCAGCAAAUAGGUCUUGCAGCCAGCUUUUGGGAUGCAGAUGAUCCGGGACAAACAUGAGCGGGAGUUAUUCAUGCUGGUUAAUUUGUAGACCUUUUAAUUGAGCCUGUGCUCUA